AGCUGAAGCCACCAAAGGUGGAGGAUGAAGAAGAGGAUGAGUUUGAUCUGAUGACUAUAGUCGAGUCCAUACGGGCUCAAAGGACUGCCUCAUCAGAAAAUGCUGUAAGAGAUGAAACUACAGGCAUCCUCACCUGCCAGGAGUGUGCAAUGAGCUUCAGUAGAAAAACAGACUUCGACGCUCACAUCGCAGAUCAUGCCAAAGUAAGACCCUACACCUGCUCUCAGUGUGGGAAGGGGUUCAGGCUGAGGCAAAGUCUUGAAAUGCACAAGAUGUUCCACACCGGAGGACAACAAGACGAUGCUGAGGGACUGACAGACCUGAUACCACCAAUAGUGGAGGAUCAAGAAGAGGAUGAGUUUGAUCUCAUGACUAUAGUCGACUCCGUUCGGGCUGAAAGGAGCGCAAAUUCGAAAAGAGAAGAAACUACAGGUAACUUCACCUGCCAGGAGUGUGGGACAAACUUCAGUGAAAAGAGAGACUUCGACGCUCACAUUGCAGAUCACGCCAAAGUAAGACCCUACACCUGCUCUCAGUGUGGGAAGGGCUUCAGUCAGAGUCGAAGCCUCGCCACGCACAUGAAGUUCCACACCGCGGAGAAGCCCUUCAGCUGUAAGGUGUGUGAAAAGAGCUUCAAAUCGAAAUACACUCUGAAGUAUCACCUGAGAAUUCACACUCAAGCACCACAAGAGGUAAUAUGCGGUCAAUGCGGGAAGAGCUUCUCCAGGGAAGGUUAUCUGUGGUGUCACAUGAAGGUUCACGCCGCAGAGAAGCCGUUUAAAUGCAGUCACUGUGGGAAGGCUUUCACCUUUAAAAAAAGCUACGAGACUCACCUGACGCUUCACCGGGAAAUGACGUUAUUCACAUGUCCUCGCUGUGGGAGGAAAUUCACUAACGAGAGUAAUCUGCGCCGUCACGUCAAGAGUCACCCUGUACAGAAGCCUUUCAAAUGUGGUCAGUGCGGAAAGGGCUUCGAGUUAAAGAAAAGGUAUCGGACUCACUUGAGGAUUCACACCAAGAAAAGGCUAUUCCCAUGUGCUCAGUGUGGGAAGCGCUUCCCUAAAGAAAGCGAUCUUCAGUAUCACAUGAAAGAUCACGCUGUGAAGAAGCCUUUCAAAUGUGGCCAGUGCGGAAAGGGCUUCAUAAUAAAAAACAGGUAUCGGACUCACAUGAGGAUGCACGCCGAGGAGAGACUAUUCCCAUGUGCUCAGUGCGAGAAGCGUUUCCCUACAGAAAGGGAUCUUCGGUGUCACAUGAAAGAUCACGCUGUGGAGAAGCCAGUUGAACAGAGUCUCUUAAGAAAUGGAUCAUCAAAUGAUGAUAGGAUCGAUCACGAUGAUCAGAAAUUAUUCCCAUGUGCUCAGUGUGGAAAGAGUUUCUCUAAAGAAAGCGAUCUUCAGUGUCACGUGAAAGAUCACACCGUGGAGAAGCCAGUUGAACAGAGUCUCUUAAGAAAUGGAUCAUCAAAUGAUGAUAGGACCGAUCACGAUGAUCAGAAAUCGUUCCCCUGUGGUCAAUGUGGGAAGAGUUUCCCUAAAGAAAGCGAUCUUCAGUGUCAUGUGAAAGAUCACGCUGUGGAGAAGCCAGUUGAUCAGAGUCUCUUAAGAAAUGGAUCAUUAAAUGAUGAUAGGACCGAUCACGAUGAUCAGAAACCGUUCCCAUGUGGUCAAUGUGGGAAGAGUUUCCCUAAAGAAAGGGAUCGUCGGUGUCACAUGAAAGAUCACGCUGUGGAGAAGCCUUUCAAAUGUGGUAAGUGUGGAAAGGGCUUCACGUCAAAGAAAUGGUAUCAGACUCACAUGAGGAUGCACGCCCAGGAGAGGCUAAUCCCAUGUGCUCAGUGUGGGAAGCGUUUCCCUAAAGAAAGGGAUCUUCGGCGUCACUUGAAAGAUCACGCUGUGGGGAAGCCUUUCCAAUGUGGUCAGUGCGGAAAGGGCUUCACGUCAAAGAAAAGAUAUCAGAAUCACAUGAGGAUUCACGUCGAGGAGAGGCUAUUCCCAUGUGCUCAGUGUGAGAAGAGUUUCUCUAAAGAAAGCGAUCUUCAGUGUCACAUGAAGAGUCACCCUGUACAGAAGCCUUUCAAAUGUGGUAAGUGCGGAAAGGGCUUCACGUCAAAGAAAUGGUAUCGGACUCACAAGAGGAUGCACGUCCAGGAGAGGCUAAUCCCAUGUGCUCAGUGUGGGAAGCGUUUCCCUAAAGAAAAGGAUCUUCGGCGUCACAUGAAAGAUCACGCUGUGGAGAAGCCAGUUGAACAGAGUCUCUUAAGAAAUGGAUCAUCAUAUCAUGGUAGGACCGAUCACGAUGAUCAGAAAUCGUUCCCCUGUGUUCAAUGUGGGAAGAGUUUCUCAGAGAAACUGAGCCUUAACGCCCACAAGAAGAUCCACUUUAGAGGAGUUAUCUUCAAGUGUAAGCGAUGCGGAAAGAGAUUCUCUAAUAAAGCGGGCAUCAAGGCCCACAGGAAAACUCACGCUACACCGCGGCCUUACGUCUGUGGUACGUGCGGGAAAAUAUUCAACAACAAACAGACGCUGAGUCACCAUGAGAUGCGUCACGUGAAGGAGGUUCCAUGCGAGGGCCGUGCGGAAAGAGCCUUGAGGCGGAGAGAAAAACUGGACAACUCUGUACUGGAGGAUCUCAGGAGCGAUGUAGAAGCUCAGACUGUGGAGAACUCAGGGCAGUAAACCUUCAGAUGAAACGUUCGGGAAGCCAUCUAUACGAAAUGCUGUAUUUCUACAGUGUGGGUUCAGGGUUAUGAGUGUGUUUAUACCAUGUUUACCACAGGGAUAAUUUAUACACAAGCUGAGGCUGGUGUGAUUAAUCGGAGGCAAUGUUGAAGUGCAUUUUGUUAGUAAAGCCGGUUCUAGUAAAUCCCUCACAUGGAGAUCUGAAAGACUUGAACACUGGGGGAACAGUCUUAACCAUCACCCUUGGCCUUCUGUUGUUGGGAAUAUGCCCCCUUGGCAUUUCUCAAUCUCAAAAUAAAAACAAACAAGCUGUCGAUUUAAAACAAGCAGGUGUUUAAGGAUGUAAAAUCAGGCUAUUAAAUUUCUUAAGCUAUGACUCAA